AUGACUGAUAAUAAGAUUGAAGAAAUUGAGAGGUAUAAGAAGAGUUUUGUAUAUUCUGAGUCUGAAUAUGAAUAUGUUAGUUCUGCGUUUUCAUACGAUGGUGAAAUUUUUGUUACAUCAGGAGGAGAUAAUACGUAUCGAAUUCAUUCAUUAAGUAAUCCUAAAGAGCCUACAAUAUUAAAAUCACAACUCUUUGGUUCUGGAAUGAUUAAAUACACUCACCACCCCCAUGUUAUAUUAACUUCCUUUAAUAAUAGAGGAAUAUUAAAUUCAUUAGGACUUCUUUGUUUUGAUACAAAAGAGUUUGUUCGUGUAUUUCAUGGUCAUACAGACGAAAUUAUUUCCAUUGACCAUAAUAAUUCAAGUGACAUGUUUUUGUCAACUUCUCUUGAUUCUCAUGUAAUGCUUUGGGAUCCUCGUGCUAAUAACCCAUGUACUUCAAAUAUUUUCUUUGGCAAAAUAUUUCCAGUAGCCUGUUUUAAUAAUGAUGGUACAAAAGUUGUUGUAAUAGAAGAAAAUAAUGGUCAUGUGUUUGACUUAAAAAAAUUCCCUUAUGAGCCACUUUUUAAUUUUGUUCUUCCAACAGAAAGACCUUAUAGAAGAGUUACUUGUUCUCUUGAUGGGUCUAAAGUUGCAGUUUCAUCACCAUCAGGUAAUAUUUUUGUUAUAGAAAAUUUUGAAUCUACUGCCCCCAUUAUUGUUUGUUAUUUUUUCUUUAAAAAACAUACUACAACACCAAUGCCUCAAAGUAAUCAAACAACAGUACGUUCAAUAAAAUGUAACUAUAAAUAUCCAAUUGUAGCAACAACAUGUUCAGUAGUAAAUUGGUGGUCGUAUGAUGAUUAA